GCGGUGUUAUGCUAAGGAGGCGGCCGCCGCCCCGCCCCUUCGGCUGCCUCCCGCCCUGCGCCCUCCAUCUGGGUGGGUGAGCGAGCGAGGGCGAGUGCGGGCCCCGGUGCGGUGUGGGAUACUGGCGGUAUAUAGUCUAUCCUCGGUGCGGCGGUAGCGGAGGGGCCAGGCAGGAGCGGGGUAUGAAGAUGGCGGACGCCAAGCAGAAGCGGAACGAACAGCUGAAGCGCUGGAUCGGCUCCGAGACCGACCUGGAGCCGCCCGUGGUCAAGCGCAAAAAGACCAAGGUGAAGUUCGACGACGGCGCCGUCUUCCUGGCCGCCUGCUCCAGUGGGGACACCGAGGAGGUGCUGCGGCUGCUGGAGCGGGGCGCCGACAUCAACUACGCCAAUGUGGACGGGCUCACCGCGCUCCACCAGGCUUGUAUAGAUGAUAACGUAGAUAUGGUGAAAUUUCUGGUGGAAAAUGGAGCAAAUAUUAAUCAACCAGAUAAUGAAGGCUGGAUACCUCUACAUGCAGCUGCUUCCUGUGGAUAUCUUGAUAUAGCAGAGUAUUUAAUUAGUCAAGGAGCACAUGUAGGAGCUGUAAAUAGUGAAGGAGACACUCCAUUAGAUAUUGCUGAAGAAGAGGCAAUGGAAGAGCUGCUUCAGAAUGAAGUAAAUAGACAAGGGGUUGAUAUAGAGGCAGCUCGAAAAGAAGAAGAACGAAUAAUGCUAAGAGAUGCAAGACAGUGGCUCAACAGCGGCCAUAUAAGUGAUGUCAGGCAUGCAAAAUCUGGUGGUACAGCACUUCAUGUAGCUGCUGCUAAGGGCUAUACAGAAGUCUUAAAGCUUUUAAUACAGGCUCGAUACGAUGUAAAUAUUAAAGAUUAUGAUGGCUGGACACCACUUCAUGCUGCUGCUCACUGGGGUAAAGAAGAAGCAUGUCGCAUUUUAGUGGAAAACCUUUGUGAUAUGGAGGCUGUCAACAAAGUGGGGCAGACAGCAUUUGAUGUGGCAGAUGAAGAUAUUCUAGGAUAUUUAGAAGAAUUACAAAAGAAGCAGAAUCUGCUUCAUAGUGAAAAACGGGAAAAGAAAUCUCCCCUAAUUGAAUCCACAGCCAACAUGGAUAAUAACCAGACACAGAAAACAUUCAAAAAUAAAGAGACACUGAUUAUGGAGCAAGAAAAGAAUGCAUCUAGUAUAGAGUCUCUGGAGCAAGAAAAAGCAGAUGAAGAAGAAGAGGGGAAGAAGGAUGAAUCCAGUUGUUCUAGUGAAGAGGAAGAGGAUGACGACUCAGAAUCCGAAGCAGAGACAGAUAAGACCAAAACCUUGGCAGCUGUAACUAAUAAUGCAAAUACCACAAGUACACAAUCAGCAUCCGUAGCUGUGACAGCACCAUCAGUAGCUGGUGGCCAGGGGGCACCUACAUCACCUGUUAAGAAGUUUCCAACAUCUACAACCAAGGUUUCUCCCAAAGAGGAAGAGAGGAAAGAUGAAUCUCCUGCUUCGUGGAGGCUAGGUCUUAGAAAAACUGGUAGUUAUGGUGCACUUGCAGAGAUUACUGCUUCCAAAGAAGCUCAGAAAGAAAAGGACUCUGCAGGUGUUAUGCGUUCUGCUUCAAGUCCUAGACUUUCCUCUUCAUUGGACAACAAAGAAAAGGAGAAAGAUGGAAAAGGAGCUCGACUUGCUUAUGUUGCACCUACAAUACCAAGACGACUGGCCAGUACCUCUGACAUUGAUGAAAAAGAGAACAGGGACUUGUCUGCUAGCUCAAUACGUGGUGGCAGUUCCUACACCAGGAGAAAAUGGGAGGAAGAUGUCAAGAAAAACAGUUUGAAUGAAGGUCCUACAUCCUUAAACUCAAGUUAUCAAAGAAGUGGCUCCUUUGGUAGAAGACAAGAUGAUUUGAUUAGUUCUAAUGUUCCAAGUACUGCAUCAACAGUUACCUCUUCUGCUGGUCUUCAGAAAACACUGCCUGCCAGCGCAAACACUACUACAAAGAGCACAACGGGUUCUACUUCAGCAGGUGUACAAAGCAGUACCUCAAAUCGUUUGUGGGCUGAGGAUAGUACUGAGAAAGAAAAGGACAGUGUUCCUACAGCAGUGACCGUUCCUGUUGCACCAUCUGUUGUAAAUGCUACAGCCACUACCACAGCCAUGACUACAGCUACUUCUGGCACUGUGUCCUCAACAUCAGAGGUCAGGGAGAGACGGAGAUCAUACCUCACUCCAGUACGGGAUGAAGAGUCAGAGUCCCAAAGAAAAGCUAGAUCCAGGCAAGCAAGACAGUCUAGAAGAUCUACGCAGGGUGUAACACUGACAGAUCUUCAAGAAGCUGAAAAAACUAUAGGAAGAAGUCGUCCCACACGAACCAGAGAACAGGAAAAUGAAGAGAAAGAAAAAGAAGAGAAAGAAAAGCAAGACAAAGAAAAACAAGAAGAAAAGAAAGAAUCUGAAACUAAAGAUGAUGAUUAUAGACAAAGAUAUUCCCGAACUGUUGAAGAGCCAUAUCAUCGCUAUAGACCAACUUCAACUUCUUCGUCAUCAACCACCUCUUCGCUCUCCACCUCCACUAGCUCACUUUCAACUUCAAGUCAACUAAACAGACCAAACAGCCUUAUAGGUAUAACUUCGGCCUAUUCUCGGAGCGGGACAAAGGAAAGUGAGAGAGAAGGGGGCAAAAAAGAGGAAGAAAAGGAAGAAGAUAAGUCACAGCCUAAGUCUAUAAGGGAAAGGAGGCGACCGAGAGAAAAACGACGAUCUACAGGAGUUUCUUUUUGGACUCAAGAUAGUGAAAAUGAACAGGAACACCAAUCUGAUUCAGAAGAAGGAACAAAUAAGAAAGAAAUUCAGAGUGACAGCCUGUCAAGAUAUGAUAUGGGAUCCCUCGGCCUGUCUUCAGGUGAUCGUUAUGAUUCAGCACAAGGGCGGUCGGUGUCACAGAGCUACCUUGAAGAUCGAAAACCAUACUGCAGUAGACUAGAAAAAGAAGAUAGCACUGAUUUUAAGAAGCUUUAUGAACAGAUUCUAGCUGAAAAUGAAAAACUGAAAGCACAGUUACAUGAUACCAACAUGGAACUUACAGAUCUUAAGCUACAGUUGGAGAAGACCACUCAGAGACAAGAAAGAUUUGCUGACAGAUCACUUUUGGAAAUGGAGAAAAGGGAAAGAAGAGCUCUAGAAAGAAGGAUAUCUGAAAUGGAAGAGGAACUGAAAAGUGACAGCCUGUCAAGAUAUGAUAUGGGAUCCCUCGGCCUGUCUUCAGGUGAUCGUUAUGAUUCAGCACAAGGGCGGUCGGUGUCACAGAGCUACCUUGAAGAUCGAAAACCAUACUGCAGUAGACUAGAAAAAGAAGAUAGCACUGAUUUUAAGAAGCUUUAUGAACAGAUUCUAGCUGAAAAUGAAAAACUGAAAGCACAGUUACAUGAUACCAACAUGGAACUUACAGAUCUUAAGCUACAGUUGGAGAAGACCACUCAGAGACAAGAAAGAUUUGCUGACAGAUCACUUUUGGAAAUGGAGAAAAGGGAAAGAAGAGCUCUAGAAAGAAGGAUAUCUGAAAUGGAAGAGGAACUGAAAAUGCUACCAGACCUGAAGGCAGACAACCAGAGGCUAAAAGAUGAAAAUGGGGCCUUGAUCAGAGUUAUAAGCAAACUUUCCAAAUAAAGGGUUUACUACAGCAGCAAAUAACGGUAUUGCACAUCACUAGUAACUCCAGUGGACCAUAGUAUGGCAGUCACUGGAAGUGUGGGAAGAUCCCUUGGAGACUGUCAUUUUUCAGAUAUCCUGCCAAACGCCCUCUUACCUGUGUGUUUUUUUGUAUCAAGAUCAUUGUUUCUGUUAAAACGCAGCUGCUGAGAUGAAACGACUGAGAAAUCUUGUUUACAGCUACAGCGUAAUAAGGAGAGUGUUCAAGGCCAGAUAUGCCUCAGAUAUUUAACCAGUAAGCCUUAGUUGUACAUAAACACUUUUACAUCAACAAAAGCUUUCAGCUCUCACAGAAGACAGUUACUCAAUAAUGUUUUUGUUGUGCCACAAUUCCCAGGUUUUUUCUAUACUCAGUUUUUCUUUAAACCUUAAGGGUUUGGUUUUUUUUCCCUUCUAAUUAUUCAUGUACCAGAUUGUCUUGUACAGUGUUUUCACAGCUUUACCAUUUGCAGAGACCACACACCCUUUUAAAUUACAUAUUUGUGUAGCUACCUAGAGAUGUAUUGUCCAGCCACCUGGAACAGAGAUGCCUGGUGGAACAUUUGCUUUCACUGUUUGUGCAAUAUGCAUUUAUUUCCUAUACAAAAUGCUUUAAAAGUCAGUUGAAACUAGAAAUAUUUUAAGAGUCCUGUUCUGCCUUUAUUGGUCACUUUAAAAAUUAAAAAAAUAAAAAAAAAGUUUGUAGUGAAAGAUGUUAGAUCCUGUAAUCGUCACAUUCAUUUGAGCAGGUACUGAGUGAUGCUGUAUAUAUAAAUGUGUACUGGUUUGAUUUUUCAGACCACCACGUGGCAUGCUUGAAUAUAUUUCCCUAUUGCAAAUGUCUGUUAAUGCAAAUUAGGCUACUCCAGAAUAGUGUGUUUAACAAAGUUCAUUAAUUUUUAUGGUAUAAAGAAUUUAGACAUUGUACAUUGUAUGGAGCCCUAUCGUUACAAAAGGUCUAAACUAUAUAAAAUACUUUAUUAUCUUUUCCUCCCAUUUUUUUUUAUUUGAUAGUGUUCACCAUAAUAAAAAAUUGCAUAAAUAUAACUGCUUCACUACAUUUCACAUACCUGUAUUUAUCUGAGUGCUGUCCAAAACUGUUGUGCUAGCCAAAGUAAUGUACUAAAUCAUCUGAGAAACAUAACCCGUUACACUCACAUUAAUGUUUAUAUGCACUGUUGCUGCCAUGUGAGAAGGCAUCCAAUUUGAUAACACCAUCAUGUCAGACCAUUUUAUACAUUUCAGUGGCCUUUAAAAACAAAGAAAGUACUUAAGUGAAGAUCGCUUUUGUUAGAAACAGCUUUUAUAUUUUCACUAAACCAUUCAAACUACAACAUCCUAUCGGCACAUAGUUUAUUGCCUAAAACCACUGAGCAGAUCAGCCAUUAAAACAAACUGUACAUUGUAAAGCUUGUAGUAGCUAUUGUAUUAUUGAUUAUAUUGUAUACUAUAUUAAAUGUGAAUUUGUACCCCUUCAUUUAAAAAGGUCAUUGUGUUCUACUGCCGACUUGGGGGGCGGGGGGUAGUUUUUUCUGGACUGGGAUAUGUUUUGGUAAGGAAGACAUGAUGUCCUCUCUGUUGAUUGGUUUUUUGAAGAUGUAAGGUUAUGCUCUUACUACCAAGCUCAGGAUUCUUGAUUUUAAAGGUACACAGAUAGUUUGAGAUAUCUUAUUGUAAUUGAUCUGUAUGAGAGGUGGGUCUGAACCAUAGGGACUUCCAUUGUCUUACGCUAACAUAAAAUAAAGAAUGGAAUGGCUGCAACGUAUUGAGUUCUGUUACAAGACAGUUAGGCAUAUUCUGGAUUAUAUUUGGUAAAGUUUGGGUGCCUGUGAAUGAUUAAAUACGUGUUUCUAAUAUUUUAGUGUUUUAUAUUUAGGUUAUUUAUUCUUUAUAUCUAAAAAAUGAAUGGCUACUGUGCUAUAUUGAUUUUAUUGGUAGUACUGAGCAGACCUUGUAUCUGCAUGAAACUAGUUGCAAAACCCACUAUUUUGGAAAAAAAAAAAAAUUGUAUUUUGACAUAUACAAAUAAAAUGAAUACAAACUAUUUUAAAUGUGUGAAAGUUUUACUGAGAAGACAUUGAAAUUUGUUAUGAAUUUAAACCAUGUUAUAUAUUUAAAUUCUUUGGUGGGCAUUUUUCAUUCAUAACGUUAUUCGGAUGCAAGGUUCAAGUACCUUUCAAAGAUUGUAAUCAAAUUGUGAUUAUUUGCACAUCAUUGUACAUGCACAUCUGUAAAUGCAACAGUAAAAAUGCCAUAUUUAUGCAAUCUGUAACAACUUGGACAAAUGUUUAUAUAUUUUACAUAAACCUGUCUGUGUGCAGAA